AUGACUACACCCUCGCGGCUUAAAAUCUUAGGUCUCUUGAAUGAGAGAACAGACCAGAUCAAAUCAAAGAAGUCACUUAACUUGGGCAGCUUUAUCCAAGAGAAUGAGGAUUUCACUGAAAGUGUAAUAGAAAUCAUCGAUGAAUACUUGAGAGAGAACCAUCCUGGCAUAGAAAUAGAAAGAAUUUCAUUACAAAAUAAUCAUCUUUACGAACUCCCUUCAAACUUUAAAUUAUUAUCCAAUAAUUUGAAGUAUUUGGAUUUGCACAACAAUUACUUAACCAAGAUACCUGAAUACUUAACGAGCCUUUCACAGCUUGAGAUUUUAGAUCUUUCAUCAAACAGGCUAAGUAAUUUGCCUCCGGAUUUUGCCUCCUUGAAAAAUUUGAAAGUAAUAUCUUUGAAAGAUAACAGGUUUCAGUACUUAUCGCCUGUUUUAGCAGAUUUGAAAAAUUUAAAUUUAAUCGAAUUGGCAAGAAACCCAUUAAUAUUACCAUCUCUCGACUUAAUAAAGAAUUUACAGAAGCAAAGCUCUGACCUCGAUUGGGUAAGUGAGUUGAAAUCAUAUUUGAGUACACAUUCUUCUUUGUUGAAUCUUAGGUUACUUGAGCAGAUGAAACAACAGUCUAACGUACAACCAUUUGUUGGAAGAACUAGAAGCGUUUCUGAUACGAAAGGAAAAGCUGCAAGAGCGGCAAGAAGGAUGGGGCUUAUAAUAAAAAAGCCUGAUGAUACUUCUAGUAAGGACGAUUCUGUUUUAUCUGAGUUUUCAGAUUCAGGAAGUUUGGACUCUUUAAGUGUCCCGCACUCUGCUUCAGCUGCUGAGUCUUCAUUUAAUCGCAGCUUGUCUCCUUUUGGUGCUGUUUCGACUUAUACAAGUACAACCGUUCCCAGCUCAAUCAGCAGCUCUACUCCAACGACCCCUGGUCCCACGUCUAUAUCGGGAUCUAACCAAUCUCUAGCAACAUUGAGUAGGCCCGGGAGUAGAAAUAGGUCUAGAUCAAAUACCUUGAAAGAGAUCGAUAAAUUGUUGGAAAAAAAUGGGACCGUUGAUACUGAGCAUAAAUCGGGGGCAUAUUUCAGAAGACUAUCGACAUUGCAGGAACUCCCAGUAGAAGGUAUUAACCUGAGCAAUCAGCUUCUGAUGAAUAUCCCCUAUGGAGCCUCUUCAAUGGGGUCUUCUGUUUCGAGUACUAGCUCUAGAAAGGGAAGUGGUAGUCAGCAAGGAAGAGGAGACCUGCCACAUACUGAGGAUGAAUCUUUUAUAGCUUCACUGAAGUCUCCAUCUGUAACAAGGGCCUAUAGCCACUCCGUGAGUGAGGCUUCUCCAUCUAAAGGUGUCCCUAAAAAAUCUAACUUGGAUACUUCUAUCAUUAUUAAAGUUUCCAGAAAAGUUUUAUUUGCUUUCAGUGAAUUGCAUUCAUCCGUCAGAAGGUUUACAGGAUUUUGUGUUGAUAAAAGAAUAACAAUCAAGAUGGUCUCGUAUUUGUAUUCUACAAAAUCGAACAUCGACUCAUUAGUGGAAGAUUUGGAAAUUUUGGAAGAAAGUAGUAGUAAUUUAGAGCAAAUUGUGGAAUCUUUACAUUCGUGCAUUUAUUCUUUUAAGAAUAUCAUGAAUUUCCUUAGCGAAAAUUUCUUGACAUUUGUCAUGAAGACGGAUAUCUGCUUUAUAAGGAUGCUCUACAUUACCUUGUAUGGAUCCUUGAACGAACUAAUGAAUGCAUACCGAAUACUUGCUCCAGGUACUAAGCCUUCUUCUGUGAACUCCUCUAAUAUUAGCCAGCAGCCCUCCUCAACGAUGCCGAAUUACUCCACAGAUACAAAACAGCGGUUAACAGUGAAUACGAAGUCAUCCAACGACUCCGAUGAUGUUGACGAAAAACUAUACCGUUCGAUUGAUAGUGCUACAACAAGUGCUCAAGUAGUCUUCAGUGAACUUACCAAUGCAAUUGGAAAAUCGGCAAUAGCGAGUGCAACAGCUUCAAGUACUCCUGCGAUAAACCACAAUGUAGCUACAAAAGUGAAGGAACUUACAAAUGUUUGCAUGACAUGUAUGGAUAUCACUAAAAGAUUGAAAACAAAAUUGAUUACUAUUAGAAAUAACCCGUCUCAAACAACGCGAAAACUCUUCUGGGAUGAUAUAAACCUAUUCUUGAAGCUGAUAAUUCAAACUUUCUCAGCAGUAAAGGGGAUAAUGAAGGAUAUGCCUGUUCUUAAUGAGGUGCGUGGGGCAAUGGCCAAUCUUACAAAGACAACGAAAGAAGUCACUAUCUUAUUGGAAAUUUCUUCUUAUAAGUCCAUGUCCUCUGACUCAAGUCAAAAUAUGGCUGGGCCACUUUCAGGUGCUCCUCUCUUGAAAUCAAUUCCGUCAGUUUCAAACAUGUUUUCACCUAGCCACAAUCAAAGUCAAGCUAAUGCAUCACAGAUGGGCAGUAGCUCAAUACUAACAAACCAGUUCAAUACUCCUCCUAUCAGAACACCACUUGUUGCGACUCUUGGUCCAGCUGCUCAAGCAAUUAUUCCAUCUAGUAAUUCUGAGAUUACAAAUAAUACGACCAACCCUCUUUCUAGUCCCGGAGUUAACAAUGCGCCAGCUACUGCUCCAGUACAUUCGACGGGACAGCAGUUUGCGAAAGGUGGUUUCAAUCCUUACGAUGGUUUAAUAUUGUCUAGCGGCAACAAAGAAACAGAAACUGAUAACUCAUAA